AUAAGGACGCUCUGGCUAAAGGUACAUCAGAUAAUGAUGACAUUGGUGGCCAAGUCGGUGUCCUGCUGUCUCACGAGGGAUUCCAGGGCUGGGCAAGAUCAGGCAGGACAUUCCCACUGGCUCUUCAGUUGAAGCUACCCUGGAGAGGGACAGGCCACUAGAAAACUCACUUGCAUUUGUUUCCUGCUGACCAUGAGCGAAUUGCCCUUUCUGAGUCCAGAAGGAGCCGGAGGGCCUCACGUCAACAGAAGUUCUCAGAGCUCCCUGGAGGAGGGAUCUGUUACUGGCUCCGAGGCUCGGCACAGCCUGAGCGUGCUCCAUGUCUCCUUCAGCGUCAGCAACCGUGUCGGGCCCUGGUGGAACGUCAGAUCCUUCCAGCAGCGAUGGGAGAGGAAAAUUCUAAAAGAUGUCUCCUUGUACAUGGAGAGUGGACAGAUAAUGUGCAUCUUAGGCAGCUCAGGCUCGGGGAAAACCACGCUGCUGGACGCCAUCUCCGGGAGGCUGCGGCGCACAGGGACCCUGGAAGGGGAGGUGUUUGUGAACGGCCGCGGGCUGCGCAGGGACCAGUUCCAAGACUGCUUCUCCUACGUCCUGCAGAGCGACGUCUUUCUGAGCAGUCUCACGGUGCGCGAGACGCUGCGCUACACGGCGAUGCUGGCCCUCCGUCGUAGCUCUCCGGACUUCUACAACAAGAAGGUAGAGGCGGUCAUGGAAGAGCUGAGUCUGAGCCACGUGGCAGACCGAAUGAUUGGCAACCACAAUUUUGGGGGAAUUUCCAGUGGCGAGCGGCGCCGAGUCUCCAUCGCAGCCCAACUCCUUCAGGACCCUAAGGUCAUGAUGUUCGAUGAGCCAACCACAGGACUGGACUGCAUGACUGCCAAUCAGAUUGUCAUCCUCCUAGCAGAGCUGGCUCGCAGGGACCGCAUCGUGAUCGUCACCAUCCACCAGCCUCGCUCUGAGCUCUUCCAACAUUUCGACAAAAUUGCCAUCCUGACUUACGGAGAGCUGGUGUUCUGCGGCUCGCCAGAGGAAAUGCUUGAUUUCUUCAAUAAGUGUGGUUACCCUUGUCCUGAACAUUCCAACCCCUUCGACUUCUACAUGGACUUGACGUCAGUGGAUACCCAGAGCAGAGAGCGAGAAAUAGAAACCUACAAGCGAGUCCAGAUGCUCGAAUCUGCAUUCAAAGAAUCGGCAAUCUGUCACAAAAUCCUGGAGAAUAUUGAAAGAACGAAACACCUGAAAAACACCUUACCCAUGAUUCCUUUCAAAAAGAAAGAUCCUCCCGAAAUGUUCUGUAAGCUGGGUGUCCUCUUGAGGAGAGUGACGAGAAACUUAAUGAGGAACAAGCAGGCGGUGAUUAUGCGUCUCGUUCAGAAUCUGAUCAUGGGUCUGUUCCUCAUUUUCUACCUUCUCCGGGUCCAGAACAACGUACUAAAGGGAGCUAUCCAGGACCGAGUGGGUCUGCUGUAUCAGCUCGUGGGUGCCACCCCAUACACCGGCAUGCUCAACGCUGUGAAUCUGUUUCCCAUGCUGAGAGCUGUCAGUGACCGGGAAAGUCAGGACGGUCUGUACCAGAAGUGGCAGAUGCUGCUGGCCUACGUACUGCAUGCGCUCCCCUUCAGCAUCGUCGCCACGGUGCUUUUCAGCAGCGUGUGUUACUGGACUCUGGGCUUGUAUCCUGAGGCUGCCAGAUUCGGGUACUUCUCUGCUGCUCUCUUGGCCCCCCACUUAAUUGGAGAAUUUCUCACUCUGGUGUUGCUCGGGAUGGUCCAAAACCCCAACAUCGUCAACAGUAUAGUCGCUCUGCUGAGCAUUUCUGGACUGCUCGUUGGAUCUGGAUUUAUCAGAAACAUAGAAGAAAUGCCUAUUCCUUUUAAAAUCUUGAGUUAUUUUACAUUCCAAAAAUACUGCUGUGAGAUUCUUGUAGUCAAUGAGUUCUAUGGGCUGAAUUUCACUUGUGGUAGCUCCAAUACCUCUAGGCCAUAUAACCCAAUGUGUUCCAUGACCAAGGGAAUCCAGUUCAUCGAGAAAACCUGCCCAGGGGCCACAUCCAGAUUCACGGCAGACUUUCUGAUCUUAUACGCAUUCAUCCCAGUGCUUGUCACCCUAGGGAUACUGGUUUUUAAAGUCCGGGACUACCUUAUUAGCAGAUAGUUACAAUACCAGCCAGGAAAGAGUUCAAUGGGCAGGUGUACCUGCCAUGGACAACAGAGGAGUGUCGUCUUUUUUUUUUUGGUUUUUUCGAGACAGGGUUUCUCUGUGUAGCUUUGCGACUUUUCUGGAUCUCACUCUGUAGACCAGGCUGGCCUCGAACUCACAGAGAUCCACCUGCCUCUGCCUCCUGAGUGCUGGGAUUAAAGGCGUGCGCCACCACCGCCUGGCGAGUGUUGUCUUCUAAACAUCACGAUUCCACUUGUGACCCUUGCACCCACCCAGGCCUCCAAGUGCUAUGGAAACUGCUCACGGUCCUUUGCUGGUCCAGCUUGUGGGGAGACGUGGUACUUGGAAAGUGUGACUGAACUGGUCCGAGGAUGUAAAUAAUAAUAAUAAUAAUAAUAAUAAUAAUAAUAAUAAUAAUAAUAAUAAUAAUUCAUAAACCUAUGGGAGAUUAGUUUGACUUUUUUUCUAGACACAGAAAAAUAAGCCUGUUUUAAAAAUCAUGUUUACAUUUGAUAAAGAAUUUGAUAAAACAAAAGUGUGUGUGAUUACUGACCGAGAGCAAUACAGGACAAAGUUCUGGGUUUGCCGCAGAAAGCCUUCUACAGAGGGGCUAAGGAGCUCCCGCUGCCAUCUCAAAGUCACACGUACAUGUGCUUGUCCACACGAUGGGGCUGGUCACCUGAUCACAUCAGGCAGCUGCUGGACAGAUGUUGGUGAACACCCCUGAUACACAGCAAAGAAACCUCAGGAAGAUGCUGAACAUUGAAUGCCACGUAUCAGAGAGACUUCUGAGGGAUAUGUUUGCUUUUUUUCACCUUUAGCGUAGUUUGCCUUUUAAAAUU